UGACAACACACACAAUGCAUGGCCGGAUCGAACCUAUUCAUAUCCAGGGCUAAUAAGCGGCGGCUCUGCAGCUGUGCACCACUGCAAGAAAAGGCUGGCCAGCAUGAAGCUCCGCUUGCGUCAUUAUCAGGGCGGUCCCACCCAGCGCCUGGACGUCGAGAGUGAUUGCACCUUGCGCUCCCUGAGGGCCGUUGUGGCAUCUUUAACCGGGCAAAGCCUUGAGACGGUGCGCAUCUCGCUCAACAAGGUGGAUGAGCUGGACGGACCUGGGAACCUUCUCGUCAGCAGCCUGGGCGUGUGCGGAGGAGACCUCUUGUAUCUGCUCGAUCCCAGGAGGCCCAAUCAGGUGCAAGCAUUGGCAAGCUCCGAGGCGGGUAGAAAUGAUGUAAGCCAGGCGUCGGCCGCUGCUCCUGUAGCAAAUGACCGUAGCAGAGGGCUGCAGGCGGCAUCUUCAACCGGGACCAGCGAGCCUGGAACAAGGACGGAAAGAAACGGUGUCGGGAAAGUGGAUGUUGCGCAAGAGAGGCGAGAGCGGUGCGCCGCGGCCGCGGCAAAGAGGGUUGCGGGCCUGGCGGGAGACGGACCUGCGGAUGCUCUUCCCCUUCCUCUUAAAGCCCCAGCAAUGAAUCCAACAUCGAUGGAAAUCGAUAAUGCUACACCUGGGGCCACUGCAGAGCCCCCUGCCUCCGAAAACAGUGAACAAAGCUCGAUCAGCACCGCUCCUCCUGUCCUCCAAGAAGUGGUCUCAACGUCCGCUUGGGCAGUGCACUCUGCGCACGACCUCCUGAUUCUGGCCCUUCACGCUGUCAUGCUCGAAACCGGAUUCAGCUUGGUUCCAAUCGGCGCACCUCUGGAGCAAUGCUGGGAGCGGGUGGGGGGCCGGACAAUUCUUCGCUACACGCUCGCAAACCGGGACGCAAACCCUACUCUGACCGCUAUCUUGCGGAGCCAGCAACUAGGCGCGAACCUGCUGGUGUACGGGACCUACGACGGGGACGCUGGGGGCGCUGUAUACCGCCUGAACCUAGCCCUCUCAGCGCAACUCCGGCCAUUCCCCCCAGCAGGGGAGAGAAGCACCGCGGAGCUGCUCGCCCUCUUCAAAAACGCGCGGCAGCUGUUUGUCGAGGCCAAAGAUGGGCUCUCGGUGCCGCUUCUGAGCCUCCUGUGCCAGCGCGCGGGCGUGUCACCGCCGGCUUCGCUCAUCCUCCUCCCCUUUGAUGCCAAGAACAACAUCCUCGCAAAACUCUCGGCGCGCGACCUGGCGGCCGUCGCGGUGACCUGUUCGGAGCUUCGGGAGGCGGCGUCGGGCGACGACUUCUGGAGGGCCCUCUUUCAGAGGGAGUUUCCAAACGAGCGGCCUGCCGUGCGGGCAGGGAUGUGGAAGGAGGCAUUCCGCAUGGCCUGGGUGGACCGCAAGCUGCAGCGCGAGAGGCGGCUGGAGUACGAGCGGCAGCUGCACGUGGGACGCAGGGAGUGGCGCGGUUUUCGCUACCAGCCCCCUGGGAUGGUUGGAGGCGACUAUGAUCGGUUUCCCUUUGGUGGAGGUGCCGGCGUUCCCCCCGGAGGUUUCCCUGGGGGCUUAGGGGGCGGUCCGUUUGGCAUCCCACAAGGAGGAGCCUUUCCGGGUGGCCAUCUUGACGGAGGGUUUAGCCCCAGCUUAGGGCCGGAUGCACUAGACUGGCCCCACGGAGGCCGAGCACGAUUUGAAGCGGGGUUGGGACCGCAGGGGGGCGUCGGCAUGCCUGGGAUUCCGGGAAGUAACCUGCCCGGGUUCGGACCUGGCUUAAGAGGGGGGCCGCCCCGGGGCGGAAGACCGGGAAGAGGUGGCUUCUCCGGUUCGUCGAUCAUCUGAGUAUCGUGAUAGUUUUGUACAUACAAGGGCAAUCUGCAAGUCUGUAAAUAGAAGGAUGAUACUUGAGAGCAAGUACGUAGAGUCCUUGUCAUAAAUCUCCGAGAUCGAUCUGCUCGGCUUUCAUGACAUUGCUGACAUUCGUAGGUGCAAUGAAACCAUGUCGGAUUCGUGGUUAAAAGGUGCCAACCGACAUAUCAAUGGUUGCUAUCUGCACUUCAUUGUAAGCCGCCAUGCCAGG